GUACGAAAAAUGAACAGUAACAAAAAAACCACCACCUCUAAGAACAAGAAAAAUAAGACCCCCAACUAUUCUAAAUCAAAACGACAAUACAAACCAAGAGAAUUUUUAUCUUAUAAUAAGAUCUGGGGAAAAAUAUCAAAAGAAAACUUAGAGCAUGAUAGGGACAAUGAUGAUAAUGAUUGGUUAAAUCCUGGUCAGUAG